ACCAAAAAGGGGGAAACUGUUAAAAUGAGUUCACUUGUUUACCUAGGGUGGCAUUCCAAGACCUUGGUGAGGUUGUUCCCGUAGAUGUCCUUCCACUGCACGCCCCGCUAUAGACCCAUGUAGCCCUUCUGCGUGGUGCUGCCGCGUUGGUGGAGUAUGAUCCUCUUUGUAUCUAAAGAAAAAGUGUUAGUGUUUCAUAUACAGAAUCAAGAAUGGAAUUAAAUUUGUCUAAAUUGGAAUAUACAUAUGGCGUAAGACUAUUGAUAUUGAUCCAAUACAAGUGUCGCAAUUACAUAUCUCUUGUAAUUUUCCUAACAUCUUAAUACUGUUCAUGUCUAAUUAAGUUUCAUUAAUUUGGAGUAGUUAUUACACUUGUACGAAUAUAAUUUUCUUGCCGAAUAUCAUAUGGUUUUUAUUCUAACAUAUUAUUAAUAAACUAUAAAGAAAAAGUGUAUCUUGAAGACCAGUCAUGUCUAAAUACCACAUCUCUAUGAAUAGUGUUUUCUAAGAUUUGACUAGAAUGGCACUUCAGAAUUUUUUUUGGGUAAAAUGCUCCAUAUAGAGAUUUAAAUUUAGGUCUUAUUUUGGGGUAUCAAUGAACUUCACAAGGAUGGCGUGGCUCAUUCAAGCUAAAAGAUACUCCCUCCGCAAACUAAUAUAAGAGCAUUUAGAUCACUACUUUAGUAAUCUAAACGCUCUUAUAUUAGUUUACAGAGGGAGUAGAUUAGAAAUUUAGAGUUCAUUUUUUUCUUCCAACUGAUCGAUAGCUCACAUGAAGAAGUUGUAUGAACAUGAGUGGUUAAUUUAAUACUUACGAACUACUCCCUGCGUUCCUAAAUAUUUGUCUUUUUAGAGAUUUCAAAUGGACUACCACAUACGGAUGUAUAUAGACAUAUUUUAGAGUGUAGAUUCACUCAUUUUGCUCCGUAUGUAGCCACUUGUUGAAAUCUCUAGAAAGACAAAUACUCCCUCCGUUCCUAAAUAUUUGUUUUUUUAGAGAUUCCAAAUGGACUACCACAUACGGAUGUAUAUAAACAUAUUUUAGAGUGUAGAUUCACCCAUUUUACUCCGUAUGUAGUCACUUGUUGAAAUCUCUAGAAAGACAAAUUUAGGAAUGGAGGGAGUAGUAGUUCUUUGAACAUGAGUGGUUAAUUUAAGAGUUGAGUGAUUAUUUUUUUGACAUUAGGAACUAGACUAGUUCUUUGAAGAACAUAAAUAAAUUUUAGCGUAAAAAAAUGUCACAAGCAACUGCGCACUCAGUCUCUGACGCACGCAGGGUAAGGGCCAGGUUUUUUUUAGUGAAAUUUCCUCCAAAGCUAUGGAGGGGGAAGAAGUUUUUGAAAAGAAAAAAGAAAAACAAAGAGAGGGAGCAUGGCUAGUAGAACCUACAAGUGAUGGGGUGGGGGAGCGGCCCAGUAGCCCAGUAAGUGGAGCGUGGCUGCAGCCGCGAGCGCAAAUCUUUGUCCCAAAAAAAAAAACUAGGAGAGAUAGAAGCUUCUAGACAGGGCGAGAGAGAAGGGAGGGAGAGGAGGAGGAGGAGGAGGAAGGCAGGAAGGAGGAACCCUAGCCGCCGCCCUCGCUCCCUCCCCCGCCCCCGUCCAGAUCCCCACCAUGGCGCUUCGAACUCUUGCCGCGAGGACGAGGAGCGCCGCCCUGCAUCUGGCGCCGAGGUCCUCGCCGCCGGCGACCAUCGGCGCUUCUCCCUCCGCCCCACGCGUCCUGUACAGCAAGCCAGCCGUGAUUUCCAUGGCUAUACCCGCUGCCACUGCCUCUGCGUUGCUGCUGUCGCCUGCCUUCUCAAGCCCAGCCAUCAGGGGCACAAGCCUCAUUAGCACUGCUCAGGCACACUACUUCUCGACGAGUGCUGUGGAGAUUGACCCCAUGAUUCUCAAGAAGCUGCUCGCCGAGCAGUUAAAUUGUUCUGGAAUCUCAAGCAAUUGCCUUCUGGAGAUCCAAACGGUGAAGUAUCUGCAGGCGCUCACUCUCAUAUUAAUUGUGUCUGGGGUUGGGGGUGUCUACUAUAUUGGACAGAAUCUGAUGGAUCGGGGGUCAGAGAUUACGGGGCAGCUGAAAAAGCAUGCCCCGGAAAUCUUGGGCGACAUCUGCAAUGAGGCUUUGUUCCAGAUGAAGAUACCAUUCAUCGGCAGCAAAGAAAGCCGGUUUGAAUUGAAGGACUACUGGUUUAACGACCCCAACAAGUCACUAAGCAGGCAAGAGCAGAGGGCGAGGCGUGCGUUGGCCAUACAAGAGAAGGACCGGAUUCGACGUGAGGAGUUCAAACGUGCUGAGGAGGAAAGGAAACGCGCGGCUGCGCCUCUGUACGAGCAGUACAUGGCCAGGAAGGAUUUGAAUGAUAUGAAGGUGAUGGAGCAGCUACGCGAGGAGAGGAUGAGGCAUGAGGAGAGGAUGAGGCGGUUGUCGGGGAAUAUGUAGGACAGGACACAUACACAGCAGCCAGUCUGAUAAGCUGUGCGCUCGUGGGUGAUGGACCCGGUUUUGGCACUGUUGGCAAUUGCUGCCAUGCAUGUUUUGCUUUGCCUGAUUCUAAACUGUCUGUCAAAUUGACUUGAUUAGUCAGCUUUGAACCUGACCGUGUGGUUUGUCAGCAGACGCGCAACCUGUGUAGCGUCAGUGACCAUGCAAUGUUUUGCUUUCAAAACUACUACUUGUGUGUUUA